GCCCAGGGCAGCACGUCAUAUGAUGGAUGGGGACGGGAAUCAACGUGACAAACAACCCGACAUUUCUCUUUCAGCUUGGAAAGGGCUGGCCAGGUUAUUCCAGGAAAGUAUCAAACCAACUUGUCUUAUAUCUUUACUACCGUACCUACCUAGGUAGUCCCAAUGAACCACCACCGACAUUCAUUCAUGCUUCGUCCUUGCCGCCGUGAUGCUACGAUAAUUCGACGAUGACAUUCAACAGCAAGCGUCCAUAGGGGAACCCAUCCCGGUACCCCAUGACACUUCAUUUUACAACUAUCAUCAUUUUGUCUUUCUUUUUUUUUUUACUGUAUCUCUCUUAUAAUCGCAUUAAUACUACCUAUCUGACAACAUGCAGGACGCUGGUGGUGAGAAUGUGGAGGAACAUCUUCAAGAGGUCGAUGCGCAGUACAAGGCCUCACUUCCCAAGCUUAUGGGAGAGGACCAGGCCCAUCGAGAUCCCAGUCGAUGGUGGUUUGCCUCGGCUGCUUUUCCCAUGGUCGCAGGCACACUUGGGCCCGUUGCAAGCGCCUUCAGUAUCUGUGCUCUAGUCCGGCCAUGGAGACAGAAUUACACCAAAGGGGCUGACAUCAAGACCGCCACCUUCAUCAAAGACCCAGCCUGGCUGAUCGCUAUCAAUGCAGUCCAACUUGCCAUCGCGCUAAGCUCCAACCUGGCGCUACUCCUUAACAUGACCAGGAGACUCCGGUUCUCCGUCGCUCAACCCGUCACCAUUGUCGGAUGGUACCUUUCAUCCAUAUGCUUGAUAGCCCUCGCAAGUACGACAGCCGGACCGCUGAGACCGGAAAACAACGACUUCAUCUGGUCUGAAGCUUACUUUUACGGCAUCUACGCCGCAGUCCUGUACUUCGUUGUCGCUUCGCUCAUGGUAGCUACCGUCUGGGGAUCUCAGCAGGGGCACUACGCAAAGGAUUUCAUGCUCACACCCAGUCAGAGGACACUGAUGCUACAGACCAUCUCAUUCCUCAUCUACCUCCUCAUCGGUGCCCUUAUCUUUUCCAACACCGAAGGAUGGAACUACCUCGAUGGCGUGUACUGGGCGGCCGUGACGCUCUUUACCGUGGGAUUUGGCGAUUACUACCCUACCUCAACUCUCGGAAGGGCUCUCCUCUUCCCGUACUCCCUGGUCGGCAUUAUCAGCUUGGGUCUCGUUAUUGGAUCCAUCCGCACUUUGAUGCUAGAGCGCGGCAAGAAAAGACUUGAUGCACGUAUGGUGGAAAAGCUCAGACAUCGCGUGUUAAGCAAAAUGGCCAAGAAGGGAAAGGAUGGUAUACUUACACCCAUAAGGGAUGCAAAUUCCGAUUCCCCUGAACUGUCUUCCAGCUCUGGUCUGACCGAGUUCCAACGGCGACAAUCCGAAUUUGAGCUGAUGAGAAAGAUUCAAAAGCAGGCGACUCAUAGGCAUCGCUGGAUAGCUUUGGCUAUCUCUACAAGCACCUGGUUGGUCUUAUGGCUCGUGGGCGCCAAAGUCUUUCAAGAGUGUGAACGUCAGUAUCAACAAUUGACCUACUUUGAUACUUUUUACAUGGCAUAUGUUAGUCUAACAACCAUCGGAUACGGAGAUAUCACACCGGUAUCCAACGCCGGAAAGUCCUUUUGGGUCUUUUGGGCACUCCUCGCUCUUCCGACUAUGACAGUCCUGAUCUCUAAUGCAGGAGAUACCAUCGUGAAGGGUAUCAAAGAUGCCACGGACAAAGUGGCUACCGUUACCAUUCUUCCUAGCGAGCGGGGCUUCAAGAGCGAGUUCAAGGCAACCUUUAAUGCCCUUUCCCAUGGAAAGCUGUUUACCGAGGAUAUUGAGGAGUCGCCCCCAGGAAUACAUGGAGCUUCACAGCGCCAUAGGUACAGCAGCGAGGAGAACGAUGACGAGGGUGAGCAAGCUCAAGAUCGAGCAGACGUUGAUGCCGAAAGCGCAAACACGGGUCUGAUAAAGCAGAAACAGGCGAAGAAUGCAAGAAACGAAGAGAGUCAUAAGAGGCGAGUGGAAGGUAACGCAGCUGAAGAGGACAGCGGCGAUUGUCCUGAUCGAGCAGUUCGCUUCGAUGACUCCUCUACUACGUCAGGGACGAAAGGAUCGAACGGCCGGUCGAAGAAGAUGGGAAACACGGAUGACGAGAACCCGUGCGACCAGAACUCGAACUCAACUCCUCAGCUUCCUGAAAUGACGCGUGCCGUCUCAAUACCACGCCAGGACUUGCCCCAAAGCCCCAUGGAUCCGGCCGAGUACCACCUCACGCUGAUCGAAGAGAUCGGGCUAGUAAUGCAACACCUCAAGAGCCACCCUCCGCGGAAGUACACUUUUCAGGAGUGGGCAUGGUACCUGCGGCUCAUCGGAGAGGACGAGAGCGACGCAGCUAAGCACCGAAAGCCUCACGCUCAUUUUCGUAGCAGUAAGGAUGAACUGGAGGGGAAAGAACGGGCGAAGUGGAGUUGGGUCGGCAGCAGGAGUCCGUUGAUGAGCUCUCAAGAGGAGGCCGAGUGGAUCCUGGAGCGGUUGAUCGAGACGCUGACCGAUGAGCUCAGAGGCGUCAAGGCCGCGAGGAGGAAGAAUGAGAUGAAGAAUCAGAAAAGUCAGCAAACGGACACCUUCAUGCCUGGUCUGUAAAUGUUGUUUCAUUAUGAUUAAAGGGGUCACAAGUGAGGAUUUUGUGUCCGAAAUUCGAGACAUGGUAUGCCUCACACAUGGUUUGUGCACAUGAUGCUUCC